AUGAGCCCUGUCGCUAUCCCCGAGCUCAACGCUACCCCUUAUAAGACUUCCGAUCUGUCUGCCCUCGAUUGGAACCUCUUCCCAGAUGGUCUCAAGACUUCUGGUCAACAUCCAGGGAUAUACGAACUUAUCCCGCCUUACGAAGAAUGGCCCAAGUCGGUCUCUGGACCAACUCUCUGGAAAGCGGAAGAUUAUCAAAACUCGCCUGAGAAAUGGACGAAGCCUUUCACUCCUGAGGAGAUUAAGGAGUUGGGAGAAGCGGCGGAUAAGUUCAUGGCGAGUGGUAUGCCGUUGACCGGUAUGAAACAGGAACUUUUCCCUCUUCCCAUUCUAGGCCCAUACUUCAAAGAACUCCGUAAAGAGAUUCUAGACGGUCGCGGUUUUGUGCUUUUCCGUAAUGUACCCGUACGAGAAUGGGGGAAUCAUAAAUCUGCCGUCGCGUACAUGGGUCUCGGUACAUACUUUGGAUAUUUUACCAGUCAAAAUUCGCGUGGACAUGUCUUGGGACACGUCAAGGAUCUUGGAGAAGAUCCCACUGCCAAAGAUCGAGUUAGGAUUUAUCGAACCGCGGACAAACAAUUCUUCCAUACGGACGGUACCGACCUAGUAGGACUACUCUGUAUGGCUCGAGCUCUCGAAGGAGGUGAAUCUCACAUCGCUUCAACUCAUAACAUGUACAACGUCCUACAAGCCGAACGACCAGACAUUGUCAAACUUCUCGUCAGUCCUAUUUGGUAUUUCGAUCGUAAAGGCGAAGUAUCCGAAGGAGAAGAACCAUAUUUCCGUUCUUCAGUCUUUUAUCUCGAAGCUCCUAAUCCAGAUGAUCCUAAAUCCGAACGUAGGGUUUAUGCGAGGUACGAUCCCAAUAAUAUAACUUCUCUCGCUAGGUUCAAUUCAGGUCCCAAUGCCGUCAUUCCACCUUUAUCACCUGAACAACUCGAAGCUCUUAAAGUUCUGGAAGAAACGGCAAAUCGUUUAUGUCUUCAUAUGGUACUUCAACCGGGUGAUAUUCAAUUAGUGUCGAAUACUCAUGUUGUACAUGAUCGUACCGCUUAUAAAGAUUGGCCUGUUGGAUCUGUCGAUGAAGAAGGGAAACCUCGUAUUAGGAGACAUUUGAUGAGACUUUGGUUAGCUACACCGGAACAGGAAGGAGGUUGGAGGUUGGUACAUCCUGAUAGUAAGGAGAAGAAGAGAGGAGGUGUACAAGUCCAUGAUGUUCCUCCUAUUUGUCCUUUGGACGCGGAAUGA